UAUCUGUGUUUUUGAUAGUGACAGAAACCGUCGUGUCAAUCUGUGAUCACAUAACCUUAAAAACUUUGAUUUCGUGUUUACGGAAAUAAGUUUAUUUUUAUUCAAUAAAAUUUUCAAUAAUUCAUAUUAAAAGCACAUAAAUAAACAUGUUAUCUACGAGGCUGGCCCUGCGUCGGGACUUCAGGAUAUUUACGAGAUGUUUGUCAGACAAAUCUUCGGAUGCUGAUGGAAAACUCCCUGAUGUUAAGAAAGGAAAAAAAGCUUUAGAGAACAGCGACAAAAAUGACGAUUCCAUCGCGAAGACGGAGAAAAUUCAAAAUUUACUUAAAAAUAUGAUGGUUGAGAAUAAACUUAAAGAGAAUGAGUACAGAGAAAUGUUUGCCACGGCACCAGAAGUUCGUAAAAAACGACAACAGAAACCUGAUGAAAUUGAAGUUAAAACAGAGCAAAUAGAGGAAAGCCUGACAGAAGCUGCAGGACAAGUGGCGCAGGCCAUCGGAGGAGAUGUGAAGCAGACAGAAGCUGAACUCCUGUCUAAGGUUCUGGGGAAAAUCAACCAAUCAUCAACAAGCUUGAGUGACUUGAUUCUUGGCAUGAAAGUGGAUCGAUCAAAGGACACAGAUGGAAGUAUGGAACCAGAGACAAGAGGCCAGCAAGUGAAGAGAUUUGUUUCUAAAGCCAAGGUGCAAAGGGAGGACAACCAGAACCAACGAUACAGCAAGGACUCUGUAAGGCCCAGAUCCAAACCUACUACUAGAGAACCAAGAAGUGCAUCACAACCAACCAAAGUAGACAUAUUCAGCGGAGAGCCCCUCGGCAUCUUCACCACCAAGUCUGAGAACUACGGGACCACCCUGGAGGUGUGGGAGGCGCUGAAACAGCGGGAGCUGACGCUGGCGACCGCGCAGCCGCCGGCCAACUACUUCCAGAAGAUGGCUCUGUGGACCAAGCAGGGGAAAGUGUGGAAGUUCCCUAUUGAUAAUGAACAAGGUUUAGAAGAAGAGAACGAUGUCCACUUCUCGGAGCACAUAUUCCUGGACGCACACCUCGACGGCUGGUGCCCCAGCAAGGGACCCAUCCGUCACUUCAUGGAGCUGGUCUGCGUAGGACUCUCCAAGAACCCAUUCUACACCGUCAAGGAAAAGAGAGACCAUAUCCUGUGGUACAAGGAAUAUUUUGAAUCCAAGAAGGCCGUUUUGACUGAAGUGGGCGCAUGGCCGAUGAGCCAAGAUAACAAAGAAACACAGACGCCGUAAAUUAUUAUGAAUUAGUUGUAUUUUAGUAAGUAUUACAGAGUAUAGAAAUAAAAAUUCAUGAAUUGA